AUGGUUUUCUUCCAGGAUGAGGACGGGGAGGAGCUGCUGUCGUUCGAGUUCCAGAAGCUGCGUUACUCCUACGCGGAACGUUCCGGAACAUUCCGGAAAUCACCGUUAACUGAUCGUAAAUUGCUGUUAAUUGCUGAUUUCGAUGAGGACGGGGAGGAGCUGCUGUCGUUCGAGUUCCAGAAGCUGCGCUACUCCUACGCGGAACGUUCCGGAGGCGAGCGGCGCUUCGUGCCGGUGGCGUUCCCGGUGGAGCGGCCCCUGCGGCACUUCCAGAACUGGCGGGGGUAUCAGGAGGAGCGCGAGGUGCGAGCCGUCCGCAGGAAAUACGGGGACAACAGGGCCGAGAUGGUGGUGCCAGAAUUCCUGGAAUUGUUCAAGGAAAGAGCCACAGCUCCUUUCUUCGUCUUCCAGGUUUUCUGCGUGGGGCUGUGGUGCCUGGACGAGUACUGGUACUACAGCGUCUUCACCCUGUCGAUGCUGGUGGCCUUCGAGGCGUCGCUGGUGCAGCAGCAGAUGCGGAACAUGUCGGAGAUCCGCCGGAUGGGCAACAAGCCCUACAUGAUCCAGGUGUACAGGAACAGGAAGUGGCGGCCGAUCUGCAGCGACGAGAUCGUGCCGGGGGACGUCGUGUCCAUCGGCCGUUCCCCCCAGGACAAUCUGGUGCCCUGUGACGUGCUGCUGCUGCGGGGCCGCUGCAUCGUGGACGAGGCCAUGCUCACCGGCGAGUCCGUGCCCCAGAUGAAGGAGCCAGUGGAGGAGGCGAGCCCGGAUCACAUCCCAACCCCAUCCCAAAGCUGA